AUGGUGACGGCGGCGGAGAUCGAUGUUUCGAUGAGCGUACGGACUCUCGAGGAGUUGACCUAUACGAAAUCCAUGGGGGACAGUCUAUUCUCGAUUCAUAUGAGGCCCAACUACAACGUAAUUAUUGAUCAUCCAAGCAGGACGGCUAACUGGCAGCGCUUCUAUUUUUAUGUCAAAUAUGACGGUUUUGCCUUCGAGGAGCCGCCCGACGAUUCCCUUCUAUUUUUGGGUGCAUUAAUCAAGAAGAAGCUAAGCGGAGCGAAAAAGGCAUCUUCUGCGACUCUCAGUGAGACGACCCCUAGUGAGACGACUCCUCCCGCUCCUCUUCCCCCCGCUCCUCUACCUCUCGCUGUUUCCCCCGGGCCAUCUGUAGGCCCGGUAAAUGCUGAGUCUUCGAGGGAGGAUCUGAUGCGGACCUCUGAACGGGAGACUGCUGAGCCAUCGGUGACCGAUGGUAAUAAGAAGAAGAGAUCCGCUCCUGAUUCCUCUGCUUCGGCUGCUUCUCAAGCGAGAACCGAGUCUGAUGGGCCUCUAAAGAAGAAGAAGAAAAAGGAGAAAAAGAAGAAGCAUGUCGAGGGACAGUCGGAGCCUAUCGGGGACAUUGAGGGCCGCGAAACUGCCACCGAGGAAGGUUCCUCUCGUGAUGCUGCGACUCGAGCAGUCGUCGAAUUGAACGACUCCCCGAUCGUUUUGCCGAAGAGGAAGAAAACUUCCCGUAGUCAUGAGUCAUCUACUCCUGCUGAAUCCGCUUCUGCUGCGAAGACUCCUUCAGCUGCACCUCCGACUAUCGUUGAAGGUGGUUCAGCCUCGGAGGAGCGUCGGGUCAAAUUUCGCGAUUACGUGGAAUUCAAGGACUUGCCUGCAGUCAAGGACCUUAUCUUCAAGGACGCAUAUGUUGAUACAGCGAGGACCAAAAUUUUGAGUGAUGGAAGCAUGAACUUCGUCGUCGAGUUGUACGACUCGGCCCUCAAGGAGGCCACGUCCAAGUUAAAACACUCUGACAAGCUCCUUCGGGCGAAGGACACAGCUCACGAUCGCAAGGCAAAGGAGUUUAAAUCGACGAUCGAUAAGGUUGCGGAAGAGCAGACUCGGUUGCUUGCCAGAAAGAAGGCUCUGAAUUCUCAUUUCUUGGAGAAGUUCGGAGAGUUGAAAGAUAAGUUCGAGGCUGCCGGCGCGAAGAUCCGAGGACUCGAAGAGGAGAAGAAUGCUUGGACUAGAGAGAAAGCUGCCUUAGAAGAGAAGAUGGUGUCCACGGCUCUGAGGCACUUAAAGGAGGUCAAUAGGUUAAGGGAUUUUCGGGGUUACGAGGUCACACACGAGCGAGUCCAUGUACAAACGGCCAUGAUUGCUAAGAGCAAUCACCGUGUCGCUAAAAUUCGAGAUCUCGAGAAGCGUCGUGGCGAGUUCGAAACGGCGAGGUCUUUGCAGAGCCAAGCCUUCGGGACGAAGAAAUGCCUUGAGGCACUUAAGAAGAGUGGGACCGAUAUUCCGCAGGAUAUGAUUGACUUGUUCGCUGAACAAGAGAAAGAGUACGAGGCUGAAGCUAAACGCCUAGCCGUCAGCGGGAUUCCCGAAGAGCUUCUCUGUCUAUCUCCUCUUCGUCUUCGAUCCCCCUUCUUUAAGGAGAAUGUGUUGGCGGCGAUCGACCCAUACGGGUCAAAUGCAGGUCUGAUUGACGCUGGAACCGCUGCCUUCCUCCAAACUCCGAGUAGUUCUCAGGGUGAUCAUGUGACCGAAUAG